UUCUCUCUUUAUCACAGCGGCGAUAGGCGUAUUAUCACCGAAAACACGAAAUUAUCGAGUUCAACUUUCUCAAGUGUGGCUUUAUGUUUUAAUGUCAGAUUAAGAACUUGGAACUUUAGUAAUUUAUACAUUUAUCUACUUCACAUUUUCAUGCUACUUGGUUUCACUUAGUUUGAACAAAUUAUAUUAGAAAGAUGACAUCGAUUCCGUUGACGAAAUCUGCGCCUCCUUCGGCAUCUAUCGUGAACGAGUUACCGGAAUAUACAGCGUUCAAGUCAGCUGUCGUGUAUUGUGGUUGUAUCCUGAUUUUACCCAUUUUGGCGUUUUUCACCUCCAAAGUAGUCGUAUUCGAUAGUAUUUUAUCGUUAAGUGUAACUUCAAGCAAUGUAUGUUCUGCUAUAUGCGCAGUGGUAGUGCUACAUAUUUCACUAGGAGCUUUCAUCUACAAAGCUUACAGUGGUACGGAUAAAACAUCCAAACAGGAUUGAAUAUGGAACCUUUUGUUGUUCACUUUCACUCGGUGGAGCUGAGAACUUUUCAUCUACCUUAAGUAAUCAUAUUUUGCAAUUUGAUCAUUUGUUUCGUUUCCAUUGUUUUGUACGAUAUGUAUUAAAGUAAAAAAUUACGAUGUAAAAUAGGUAAUAAUUUAUAUUAAAACGUCAAAUAAAUAAGGAGAUUCUUCUAGGAAUAUGUAGAACAAAAUAAAAUAAUUUACAUCUUGUGAAAUUUAGACUAAAACAAAUUUAUGAAAACGAUUUACGAGGAGCUAAUUCUUGGGUCAUUCGCUGACUGAGGAAAAUUGCGCGUUGAGUUUCACUUCGUUGUGAUUCUUCUAGAAUUUGAAUAUCGUACAAUUUCAGUUUCUGGAUACCGAUCAUUUGUCCUAUACAUCUGAAAUCAUUAUUUACAUUCGUUAGUUUACGUUUAAAAUGAAACGAAAUUUUGAAAAUUAUUUCGAACUUACGAUACGAAUUGACCUCGCGUGAAAACAGGACAGGGUCUGUCGAUUUCGAAGAAACUACAUUCGAGAACUGUGCCAUUGUUUCCUUUGAUGAAAAUACAUUUUUCCAUUGGCCAACAUCCGUUUAUAGUAUUUACAAAUGAACCUUGAACGAAUUUUACAAUUAGUACGAUAAGAGUUGGGACAGAUCAAACAGUAAUGAUUAUCGAGUCGAGUUACCUAGAACGUUAUAUAUUACGCUUACGCUAGCAUUUUUUAGAGUUUGGUCCCAUUUCAUGACAUGUUCUACGCAACCGACGAGGUGUAUCAUUUUUCUAUCGAUAAUCUAAAAAACAAAACGUAACAUUUUCAUGACGAAACUACGAAUGAUUUGCUUGAUUAAUAUAGGUAAUUUUUCAUUACUUGUUGCGAAUACGAUUGGGUAUUUUCUUGCAAUAAAUCUUUUCUAGCGAUGGA